CGAUUUAGGGCGUUGUGGGGUGUGAUUUCACUUCCCCACACGUAACCAUACUCCCGAACCCAAAUUUCUUAACCGCAGACCAUAUCUCGGUUCUGACCCUAUGGUCGGAGCCGAUUCGAAGAGUGUUCGAUCCACUCCAAGUAAGAUCGAUGGCGACUCCCAAAAAUGCCAACGCGACGACAUUCGGACCCCCCGGAGGGACGGUUGCGACAAAUGGCGACUCCGCUGGGGACUUCGAGAGUCGAGCUACAUAACUAAGUUCGAUAAGUUUUCUAAUUUUCUAUUACGUGUUGGGUGUUUACUUUAUUAUUUGCGCAAUUAUAUUUGCGCAAUUAAAUUCUGCAUUCAUGCAUAAAAGCUCUAUACCCGAGCUAUCCUUUUAGAAACUCGAAAGGAGUACCGUGACUUCCAUAGUAGUGGUCGUCAAGCAAAACUUUCUAACCAAGUUGAACUCGAAUCCGAGGAUGAUCUCGAGGUAUCUAGCCAGUUCGAAAGGGCUACGGCAGGAUACAACUUGGGAACCAAAUCCCUAGGAAUUUCUCUGCCAGCAUAUAGUAAGCAUAGAGGCCUCCCUAAACCGCCCAAAACAAUCCCCAAAGCCACCCUGAAACCAUGUCGUUACGCCGUCCGAAAGCCCUAUGUCUAUCUAAUUAGGGUAAUGAUGUAAUGAUAUGUGUUUGCUUAUCUAGAUGUAUGUUUGAUUACGAUGUAAUGAUGUGCGUUUUAUCUUUUACUCGUAAAACUGUGUGAUUGCAUGAAUGAAAAAUGUUUUGAAAAUUCAUAAGCAUUGUUCUCUCAUAAGAUUUUCAUUCACCCAUUCACAAUUUUAUCAUAAGAAGCUUAAAAUGCAUGCAUUAGAUGAAAAAUGAAUUUGCAUUCAUACAUCGUUGCAUUUUUGCAUAAGCAUCAUGCAUAAAUAUAAAGAACAAAAUUAAUUUAACAAUGUUGAGACAAAAUCAGGUUUCCUUAAAAUUGCUCGUCCACAAGGAAAAAGUCAGGACUUCAAGUACUUAACUAGAUCCAAGCUCGAGUUCGUCAUGGAAGCGUUCCAGAAAAAGUUAAGCGACAUUGAAGGAAAGAUAACCGGAUUCGAAGAAAAGCUAGUCGGGUUCGAUGAAAUGAAGGAUCAGCUGAACAUGAUAGUAAAGAUCUUAUCGGGUAAAGGGAAAGGGGUAGUAUCUAACGAUGAAGAAAUACACUCUGAUGAAGAAGAUCGUGAUGGGAACCUGAAGGGUGAAGCUUCUAGUGCCAAGAUCCCCGUCAUACCCUCAAAAGACGUAUAUGAAAAGAAGAACUUGGGAUCUCCAAUACAUGAUCGAGAGGAAGACAAAUUGGAAGGAGCCAUGGACGACACGCUAUUAAAUGGAAAAUGGGAAUACCUGGACGAAAGGGUGAGAGCAAUUGAAGGGGUAGAAUCCUAUGGUUCUACUAAUGCCACACAGUUGUGCCUAGUACCAUACGUGAUAAUUCCCCAUAAAUUUAAAAUGCCUGAGUUUGAGAAGUAUGAUUGUACCACGUGUCCUAGAAACCAUCUGAUCAUGUAUUGCAACAAAAUGGCUAACCACGUCCGAGAUGACAAGCUCAUGAUACACUGUUUUCAAAACAGUUUGAGUGGGCCAGCUGCAAGGUGGUACAUGCAACUUGAAAGGUCGAAGGUGAAAAGGUGGCAGGAUCUUGCCGAUGCUUUCAUGAAACACUACAAGCACAAUCAAGAUUUAGCCCCAGAUAGAGAAGAUUUACGCGCCAUGGAAAAACAAGAGAAGGAAUCCUUUCAUGAGUAUGCACAGAGGUGGCGAGGAAAGGCCGCAGAUGUUCAACCCCCCUUGUCAGAAAAAGAAAUGGUUUCGACCUUCUUCGAAACACUGAAGCCUCCAUAUUACAACAACAUGGUAGGGAUAACCACAACAAAUUUUGUAGAUUUGUUAGUAAUUGGAGAGAGAAUAGAAAAAGGGAUUAAGCAAGGCAAGAUGGAGAAUUCAGAAGCCUCAAAGAACGCUAGUCAAUCUCGAAAAGAAGAGGCGGAUGUUCACUCAAACCAAGGGGACACAUCAAAAGGGACACUGUGGAAUCGCCAACCUCAAGGUGAUCAAAGUUACCCAUAUGUUGCAAACACUACAUCGAUCAUCCCACAACCAAAUUUCGUCAAUCGUCAGGCAGUACAGGCACCACCGCCUACAACCCCACAAGCUAAUAAUCAGGACUCAAAUAGUAAUGGGGGAUACAAAAAAGACAUUCGAAUCAAUCCUAUCCCCAUCACAUAUACCGAGUUGUUCCCCCAGUUGCUCCAUGAUCAGUUAAUUUCCCCUAUACCAUGUCGUCCGAUGCAGCCUCCAUACCCAAGAUGGUACAAACCAGAUGAACAUUGCGAUUACCACUCAGGAGCGGCUGGACACUCAACCGAGAAUUGCAAAUGGUUAAAAAACAGGGUCCAACAAAUGAUAGAAGCCGGAUGGCUGAAAUUUGAGGAAAGGCCAAACAUUCCAGACAUCGACAACAAUCCUCUACCCAGUCAUGGCAACUAAUGUACACGCCACGUAGCAAUGCUCGAUUCAAGGAUCAUGUGGAUCUUUGAGAACAAAUAAAUAUCGAGACAGUUUCUCAUGUUUAAGAUGUACUACCUUUUGCUUUAAUCAUAUGGAAUAAGAGAUCACCCAUAUGUCCAACUACUUUGGACAUUUUGUGAUAAUUAUCAAUCUCGAUUUUGGAUUUUGCAUCAAUAUCAUUUAUCAUCCCAAAUAAUGAAUGUCUCUUUCAAAUAUUUCGACUUGAUUUCCAUAAAAACAAAAAAAUUCAUAAAUCCAUCACAUGUUUUCAAGUUCAGCCAUGAGAUUGCCAUAAUAAGCAAUUAUGAGCACCCCACUGGUGUUGAGAGUUGGAACACCGCACUGGUGUCGAGCGAUUAUAAACACCCUACUGGUGUCGAUAUUUUGAGCACCCUACUAGCGUUGAGAAUGUGCACACUUUCCUAGAUUUGAGAGUAUAAACACCCCAUUGGUGU